GUUGCAGAGCAGGCUAUUGCGGCGGUGGUUUACCACCAGGAUUGGUUGAGAAGGAACAUGCCAGGAAAUCAUCCUCUAUUCGAUACAGAGCUCUUUUCAUAUCAUGAAUUUCUACCAUUGUUGAGCCGAUACAUUUCAAUGGACGUGAACGGCAGAAAACCCACUGGUUUGCCUCCUCAUGUCAUGACAAUCCGAUCAAUGGAGGAAAUGAAAGGGGCCGUAGACGGCAUGAACCUGAACAUUGCCGAGAUGAGAGGGUCUAUCAAUCACUUGACAAAAACAAAUGCAACAAUAGAGGAGAAACUUGCAACCUGCUUCCGCACUUCAGCUGAUUCAAUCUUUCGAUCGAUUGAAGAGAAUCCUCCGCUAGCCGAUUUCGAUGGCGGCGAGGUUGAUGACGGAAACAGGCAAACAGUGAAUGACAACACAGUGCAAGGGGACGAGAGCAGCUUAAUUCCCACCAGUUUCGAAUGGGUGAAGGCGAAUACAAGAGCGAUUUUCACACAAUGGCAUUUCGGAAACAGGGAGAAAGGAUAUCCUGCUUACAAAACCUUGAAGCCUCGCCAUUUCUACACCAAAGAUCAAAAGAAGAGAUUCAGUGACUUGCGGUACCUUGUGAGGGAAAUA